UGUGAAAUUUUUCAUCCAACCCAUUCUUGUUUGGCUUUACACAAGCUUCAAACUAAGGAUGGCAAAGAUGAAUCUCUCUUCCUACGUGUUAAUGCUGGCCUUUUCUUUGUUUUCUCAAGGUAUUUUACUUUCAGCUUCCAAGUCCAUACGGAAUUUAGAAGAUGACAUAGUAUUUAAUACAUUUAGGAUGGGGAAAGCCUUUCAGAAGGAAGAUACUGCGGAACGAUCAGUUGUUGCUCCUUCUCUGGAACAAUACAAAAACGACGAGAGCGGUUUCAUGAAUGAUGACGACAAUAAAAACAUAAAGAACACAGGCUCCAAACAGAAUCUCGUAACUCACGGUCUGCCACUGAGUCUGGCUGUAAAACCUUACCUCGCUCUGAAAGGAUCAGUAGCCUUCCCAGCUGAGAAUGGAGUUCAGAAUACUGAGUCCACACAAGAAAAGAGAGAAAUUGGGGAUGAAGAAAACUCAGCUAAAUUUCCCAUAGGAAGGAGAGAUUUUGACAUGCUCAGGUGCAUGCUGGGAAGAGUCUACCGACCAUGUUGGCAAGUCUGAUACCUGUUGGUCCAUAACAUCCUUCCAGAAGAAAACAAUUCAUUGCAAGUGGAGAGGAAAGCCCUUAAUGUUGAUAUAACCUGUGUAUUAUCCUAAAUGUCUGUUUUAAAAAGAAAUUGGUUAAGAUAUGUAAUAAUGUAAAUGACAUGCUUUGACUUGUGCAUUAAACUUCACAAAAAUUCUGCAUA